AUGUUACCUACAGGCUCGCAGGAGGAUUCGGCAAACACCAACAGUGCCACGACGGCGGGAGGCGUGACAACCAGCACGGGGGGCGCACUAAUGAGCAACGGGACGGCGAGCGCGAAGGACACAAGCUCGGACAUGAACGUGAAGGAGGAGGAGAUGGGGUUGGACCUUCCGGACGACAAGGAGAAUGUGGCGACGGCACUGGGUGGCGAGCUCGCGGCGGGCCAGGUGCUGCCAGACCAGCCAGACCUGCGGAUCAUCCACCGCAAGAUCUCGGGGUACGUGGGGUUCGCAAACCUUCCCAAGCAGUGGCAUCGCAAGUCGAUCCGGCGCGGGUUCAACCUCAAUUUGCUCUGCGUGGGCGCCAAGGGGUUGGGGAAGUCGACCUUGAUCAACACGUUGUUCAACAAGGAGCUAUACACGGCGAAGGACGACACGCCGGAGCAGUUCAACGCGUUGAAGCUUGAGGACGGUGAGGACGGCGACGAGUCGCGGGCCAAGGACGGCGAGAACAAGGUGAAGAUUGAGACCGUCACGACGGAGAUCGAGGAGAACGGCGUGGUGUUGAAGUUGACGGUGGUGGACACGCCGGGCUUCGGGGACGCGAUAGAUAACACCGACUCGUGGAAGCCGAUUGUAGACGAGAUGAACUCGCGCUUCGACCAGUAUCUGGAUGCGGAGAACAAGAUCAAUCGCACGACGAUUGACGACAACCGCAUCCACGCGUGCUUGUACUUCAUCGAGCCCACUGGGCACUGUUUGAAGCCACUUGACUUGGAAUUCUGCAGGCAGGUGCAUGACAAGUGCAACUUGAUCCCUGUGAUCGCUAAGUCCGAUAUCUUGACGGAUGAGGAGAUCGAGCACUUCAAGUGGACCAUCAAGAAACAGUUGGAUGAUGCCAAGGUGCACCUAUUCCAGCCGCCACAAUACUUGCUCGACGACGAGGAGACGCAGCGCGCCACUCGCCAGUUGUUCUCCAAGGUGCCCUUCGCCGUUGUCGGCUCGACCCACGAGGUGGCCACCUCAGACGGGAGGACAGUCCGCGGUAGGUCCUACCCAUGGGGUAUCAUUGAAGUCGACAACGAAAAACACUCCGACUUUGUCUACUUGCGUGAUCUCUUGAUUCGGCAAUACUUGGAAGAGCUUCGCGAAAGAACAAACAACGAGCUAUAUGAGAAGUAUCGCUCUGAAAAGUUGAUCCGCAUGGGCAUUAAGCAGGACAAUUCCGUUUUCAAGGAGUUCGAUCCGGAAUUGCGCCAGCAGGAGGAAAAGCAUCUCCACGAGGCCAAGUUGGCGAAGUUGGAAGCCGAGAUGAAGGCUGUUUUCCAGCAGAAGGUCUCAGAGAAGGAAAAGAAGUUACAAAAGUCCGAGGCGGAACUUUUCGCUCGCCACAAAGAAAUGAAGGAAAAAUUGAUGAAGCAACUCAAAGCUUUGGAGGAGAAAAAGCACCAGUUGGAGAUGUCUUUGGCGAACCAGAGUUCUCAGUCUCCAGCACAGCCAAAGAAGAAAGGUUUCUUGCGCUGA